CAGUAGAUUUUUCUAUCUACAUCCAGGUGAAACAAAGCGUACUCUUAUGGCUGUUUGUGUUGACUUUGGGUUUUGUAAAGAAGUCUAAAUAACGAAGUAGGAAAUGGAGGGGGGAACUGGCGUGUUCUACCAGGUCAUGCCAGCUGUAGGGCCGGAUGGAAAAAAUGUCAUGAAACUGAUUCCCGUUCAAAAAGUCAAUGGACAGUACAUUCCUAUGCAGACAACCUCAAGCAAAAUUGAUUGUCUAGGAGCUCCAACUGUUUUUUCUCACCCUGUCCGCAUUUUGCCACCAUCUCUUUCUCAGAAUAGGAUACCUGUUGUUGAACCUACUGCUGAUGGAAAAUUUAUUUUAAAAGGACCAACUAACACAACUAUCCGGUUAACUAAGAGCCCGCAACAAGUGAUCUCACCAAAGGUGUUGGUGGGGCAAGUACGAUUGCCAGUUGUUCCUCCCAAAAGGACUCAAAAUCUGGUGUCACAUCCUGUGAAUGCCAGUGGAACAUCAAUAGCAUGUUCAAAUACUUCACAGUUACCAGUGACUGUGAGUUCACCGAAACUGCCAAAUGGGCAUUACCUCCAAAUACCUCCCGAUGCUAAAGUUCAAACUCUACCAGCAUCUGCACUCCCCCAAUCCAUAAAGAAGCAAAUAUUGAACUUGCCACAUGACAUGGCCUCAACAGAGAAGCCAUCCACAGUUGUAUACGUUUCUCCAGUCACUUCAAUGAAAAUCGACACCUCCAAGCUUAAAGACUCUGCUCCACCCAUGACUAAAUGUGUCACAGUAAAUGUUUCCAAGAACAAUUCAACAUGGUCUCCAGCAACUCCAGCACAGAGUCCAAAGGUUGUAGACAGUGACAGUGUGACACCCAUGAAGUGGGUUGUUCAGCAAAAAGAAGGGUCAAGUGCUCCAUGUCUUGUACCAGCGUCCCCAACUUGCAUGACGUCAGAGAUUUUAAAGGUUGUGGCACAGAUGAAAAAAAACUCUCCAAUCACAUCAAGCCCAUCAUCAUCUCAGAUGAGCCACAUGAAGAUCAGCCCAAGUAAAGAUGAUGCUUUGGUCAUGUGCAAUGGUAAAGUGUAUUUUGUGACCAACAAAGAUUCAAGGCUAUGUGUGUCUAGCCAGGAAAGUCAUGCAACAGCCAAGGAGGGUUCAACUCCCAGAAAACCAACAGAAUCUCCCAGUUCCUCCUCAAGAUCACACACGAGUGGUACUCAACCGAACCCUAAACCCAUUUGUAUAGAUGUUGAUCCAGAUGAGGUCAUUGAUCUUUGUGAUGAUGAUCCCCAAACUGAGGGGACAUCUGGGAAGGGUGUGAAGGAAGGAGCAGGAGUUACGACUGAGGAGGAUGACUCCAACGUCAUCUUUGUAUCCUAUAUUCCACCCAAGACUAGUGGCAAAAGCGAUAUAAAGGAAGAAUGUGGUGGAAAAGGUGGGACCAAGUCAGGUCAACCCAUACCUGUGAGGAAUAAUAGUGAACUAACCAAACAAGUCAGCAGUGAGAAUCAACAUGAAAACUGUGCCAGUGGCAAGCAGACUGGAAGUGAUCAGGACGUGAUAAAUGCUGAACCUGUUUCUGGGAUAAAAAUCAGGGUUGACGUGAUCACACCUGAGGAUCCUCGUCUUGACGAGCAAGAAUUAGAUUGUGAUGCAGCGCAAACUCCUGCCAACUGUGAAGCAAGGAUGAGCAAUAAUUCAAACAAAUCGGAUAACAUGUCAGAGAUGAAUGUCCAGAACGUGGGAGAUGGAGUCCAUCUUAAUACUAGUUGCAGCACUGUCCCUGAGGACAGCUCAGUCAAUGGUCUGGCAAAACAGUGCAAUGUUCCUCUAGAAGCCAGGACCGGUCCUGGAAUUGAUGGAGAAUUGGCAUCAGCUGAGCAUGGAAUCCAAGAGCAUGGAAUGGAAUCCAAGAGCAGUCAGGAAAAUCAAGUACUUCAAGAAGAGCCCAGCAACAUUGAGGACACUGUGCAGAUGACAGAAACUACCAGCCAAGACCCUUCACAAGUGCAGAGUUUGACCAUGCCAGUUAAUGUUACCAUAAAGAAUGUGGACCAACAGAGCCAACAUGAAUAUGACUGCAAAAUGAGGCGACUUUUUGGAAUCCAAAAAGAUAUUCAAAUUUGUCUUAAAAGGAGUCAUUCUGAAAAACAGGAAAUGCCCUCAGAGACCAGAUCUAUUAACAAGCGCACGUUAGAGGGAAUACGCAGACUGAUCCAGGGAUCUCAAAUGGAGAUUAAAGCAAAGAAACUAAUAGAAGCACAGGUUCAUUUGGCAAAAGAUGUCAAACGACGGAAAGUUGAGUCUUCAAGAAAUAUGGCGGAGCAAACCAGCGAGUCUCAAGUCGCUGGCCAGCCUCAUGCCUCACCCAAGUGUGGACUGUUUAAUAGCCUCCAGAGCAAGAUCAAUUCUCUGACUGCUGAUGCUGGAAUUUCUACAGUUCUUCCUGUUCAAAAUAUUGUGCCUUCUGCUUGUGAUCCUGGAGAGUCAGCCAGUGUGUCAGAAGACGUGCUGGAAGGGAAGGCUUUAGACACCACCAAAGACACGGACAGACUUGCCUCCACUGGAGCUGAUAAACUCGCCCUGAAGGAGGCGUCAGCAGACACAACACAGGACAAUCCAGGUGAGGCGCAACCAUCUGGGUCACAGAGUAGCGGAAUUCCCAUCAGCACACAACCUGUCACAUCAGGAAAGAGUGACUUGCGACCAGUAGACGGCUCAACAGGAAGAGAUGCGCCAUCACAAAUGGGAGUGGAGCCACCUGGCAGUGCUUGUGAGAACAACACAAGCACGACAGAGGUGCUUAACAAAGACCUGUUCUCCACAGAGCCUAUGGAGCCUGAGGAGAUUAAGCGCUGUGAGAAAAUAAAACGUUUAAAAGAACUUCUGAAGGAAAAAGAGGCUGCGCUUGAGAUGAUGAGGAAAAAAAUGAGCAUGUAAAUACUGUCUGUUGUAGACUAUUGAUUUAGUCUAAUAAUUAACAUGGGUCUAGUUUUUGAAGUAGUAACACUAUUGAGUGUUUUUUGUAUUGUUUCUGUUGGGAAAUGACAUUCAUUUUUUCUUCAUAAAAUGUUAUUUAUAGAUUUUCAUAUUUAUUACAGAACCCUUUUUAGUGUACAAUAAGGUCAUCGGACAGAACUGACAAACUUCUCCUGAGGCAUGUAGCACAUUCAUUUUGGCCGACUUGGCUAAUGGAGUUAAUCCGGAGUGAAAUUUCCUCUUUGGAUUGUUAAUUUUUUGGGUUGUUGAUUUCAGACUUUUUAGGCUGCCCUCCAUCUAAUAUAAAUAAAAAUCUUUUGUAUUAA